AUGGAUUCGAAGAGUACACAGACGUUAACAAGUGAUGAUAAUGCACUGAAUAAAGAUUGUGCUGACACGAUGAUUAAUCCAGUAGAUGUCAGUGAAAUUGGUGUCAAUGACAAGAUGGACUUUGAUUACAGUAAAGAUGAAACUGUUGAUACCUGGCUGGAAUCUACAGAAAGGGAAUCCGGUUGGGAGAAAUGUAAAAGAAGUCUUUUUAAAAACAUACUUUCAUUGAGCCUUGGAUUUCUUUUUCUAUUCACUGCAUUUCAAGCUUUGUCUAAUCUUCAAAGCAGUAUAAAUUGUGAUGAUAGUCUGGGAUUUGCAUCAUUAUCAUGUAUCUAUGCAUCUCUGAUUGUGUCAUCAUCGUUCCUUCCUCCGAUUAUCAUACGUCAUCUGGGUACAAAAUGGACUCUGGUUAUCUGCAUGAUUUGCUAUGUGCUAUAUACUUGUGCAAAUUAUUAUCCAGAGUGGUAUACACUUAUACCAGCUUCAGUGCUCUUGGGAUUUGCGGCAGCACCCCUAUGGACGUCUAAGGCUACGUAUUUAACUACAACCAGUUCCCAAUAUGCAGAAUUAAGCCACGAGAGUUCAGAAAUCGUCAUCAAUCGCAACUUUGGUGUAUUUUUCAUGUUUUUUCAAAGCAGUCAAAUAUGGGGUAACCUCAUGUCAUCCGUGGUGCUGGGAUUAGCUGAUGAUAGCAACUCUACUGAAGAAACUGGGACAUACACAUGUGGUGCCGACGAUUGCCAAAAAAAUAACGGGAAUGACACAACUUUCUGCAAUCCACCAGCACGCAAUGUGACUAAUUUACUAAUAACCAUGUACCUAGUAUGUGGUAUCAUCGCUAUUAUUAUUAUCAUCGUAUUACUCGACAAACUGAAUGGUGAUCAGGAAAAGAAGACCCACCAGAAACCAUCGUGUAAUCUUUUCUUAGUCACAUUGAAACUUCUCAAAGAUUACCGAAUGGAAUUAAUGAUACCUCUAACAAUCUACAGUGGUCUUGAACAGGCUUUCAUCGCUGGUGACUUUACUAAGUCAUAUGUGUCAUGUGUUAUCGGUGUUGAAAUGGUCGGAUACAUCAUGAUAUGCUAUGGUGUCAGCGAUACGUUAUUCUCUUUUAUCGCCGGAUACGUUGCAAAAUAUAUCGGUCGGGUGAUACUGAUUGCUGUGGGUACUUUGAUUCACUUGGUUCUCAUAGUAUCGUUGUUACUAUGGGAACCCCGAGAUGAUGAUGGAGCUAUAUAUUUCACCAUAGCAAUAGGAUGGGGUAUGGCUGAUGCAAUAUGGCAAACACAGAUUAAUACAAUUUAUGGGAUAUUAUUCAGCGAUGACAAAGAAGCAGCCUUCUCCAACUACAGACUAUGGGAGUCAGUUGGAUUCACUGUAUCUUUCGCAUACAGUAUCUUUAUCUGUGUAUACAUCAAGUUAUAUAUUCUGAUAGGCGUCCUCAUAGUUGGUGUUUUCUGUUAUUUUAUAGUCGAGUACAAGCGAUGGAAAAAUGACAAUCAAGGGUAUCCCGUUGACACCUAG